GUUUAAUCAUAAGAGGGGGUUAACUCAUCAGUUUUCCAGUGUUGGUCGCCCCUCCACCUCCUGAACGACUUGAACUACCUGGAUAGGUGGCAACUACCUGGAUAGGUGGCAACUACCUGGAUAGGUGGGAACUACCAUGUCUCUACUACAAUGGCAAAAGCUCAGCCCGACAGAGUUUCAUCAACUUCAGGAGUACACAUCAUAUUCCUCCAAGAAGCUGAAAGAUGUCUUGGAAGAGUUUAAUGGAGACGGUGUCCUCAGCAAGUAUAACCCAGAGGAGCCCAUCGACUAUGCUGGCUUUAAGCUGUUCAUGGAGACGUACCUUGAGGCAGAGAUCCCAGAAGACUUAUGCAAACAUCUGUUCCUGUCCUUCAUGAAGAAGGCUGCAGCCGGAGCCGCAGCCGCCCUCACAGCUUCGGGUAAGGAUUUUCAUGUCAAGGACAUGGCCCUGGUAGCGUCUCAGACUAUCUGUGCCCCCUUGUCCACAGAGAUCCACAUUGACAGCAAAACCUCCCCCGCCCCCGGGGAUGGCAGGCAUCACAGUCUGCUGGCGGAGAAACUCCACGGUCUCACAGAGAAGCUCCACGGGCUGGGCCACGCCCGCUCUGACAGCAAUGCAGGGGAUUCUGGGAAGAGAAGCCGGGCAGGUUCAGGUUCAGCUGCCAGUCACCCGUCCCUUGCUGUGGCGGCCACCUCCUCGCUGGACAAGAACCAUCCAGAUGACUCCACCCCACCUGAUGCUUCGAAUCAUUCUCGGUCAUCUUCCAAAAAGUCAAAUCACAGCAUCCACAGCGUCCACAACAACGGUCCCUUGCUGGACGGUACUGAUCCUUGGAUACGGCAAUCCAACUCCUCCUUGCUUCGCGCCAACGAGAUCAAAUCUGUGCGCAAUCGUUCCAUGAGCCUAGAGAUCAAAGCUGGCCACAUCUACCUGAAGGACCUGGUGUGUUACCUGUCCUUGUUGGAGGCGGGGCGACCUGAGGAUAAAUUAGAAUUUAUGUUUCGUCUGUAUGACUCUGAUGGUAACGGCCUCUUAGAUGCUUGCGAAAUAGACUGUAUUGUCAAUCAAAUGAUGUCAGUUGCAGAGUACUUGGGCUGGGACGUGUCAGAACUUAAACCAAUACUCCAGGAUAUGAUGAUUGAGAUAGACUAUGACUCUGAUGGUACAGUUUCCUUGGAGGAGUGGAAGAAGGGGGGCAUGACAACUAUACCAUUGUUGGUCUUACUGGGGCUGGAUAUUAAUGUACAAGAUGACGGCACACACGUGUGGAGACUGAAACACUUUAACCGUCCUGCCUACUGCAACUUGUGUCUUAACCUACUUGUUGGCCUCGGCAAGCAAGGGCUCUGUUGUUCUUUUUGUAAAUAUACAGUCCAUGAACGAUGUGUGCAGAGGGCGCCAGCAUCCUGUAUCACAACCUACGUCAAGUCAAAGAAAACAUCUCAGGUAAUGAAUCAUCACUGGGUGGAAGGGAACUGUGCCGGCAAAUGUGAUCGUUGUAAGAAGUCCAUCAAGUCUUACAAUGGUGUCACUGGCUUACACUGUCGCUGGUGUCACGUCACACUCCACAACAAAUGUGCCAGCCAGAUGAAGCCAGAAUGUGACCUGGGUGAAUACAGAGACCACGUGCUGCCCCCUACUGCUGUCUGCCCAGCUGUUCUGUUUAUGUCGGACUCCGAGAGCCAUGAGGGACUUCACGAGCGGGGGCGAGGCGGGGGAGGGAGCGGUAAAAACACCUUGGAGAAGGAGCGAGAGAGAAGUGAUGAUGGAAAAUCUUUAACGCCACUUUCAGAGAGUGCUCAAUUGGAUGGACCAGUCAGUCCGGGUCAAAGUUCAUUUCAAAUUACACCCUUAGAUGGAACUCAUCCUUUGUUAAUUUUCAUCAACCCAAAAAGUGGAGGCAAGCAAGGCGCCAGGCUGUUGCGCAAGUUUCAAUACUUGCUGAAUCCCAGACAAGUCUACAACAUGGUCAAGGACGGCCCUUUGGUUGGGUUACAGUUUUUCAAAGAUGUGCCUAAUGCUAGAGUGCUAGUGUGUGGAGGUGACGGGUCUGUGGGAUGGCUCCUUGAUACUAUGGAUAAAGUAAACUUUGCUCAAAGACCACCUGUAUCCGUGCUGCCCCUGGGGACGGGCAAUGACAUGGCCCGCUGUUUGUGCUGGGGAGGGGGGUAUGAAGGGGAGAACUUGCUCAAGGUGCUCAAGAAGAUAGAGAACAGCACUGCUGUUAUGUUGGACAGGUGGAAGAUUGAGUUCAGUAAACCAGAGGAUGGGGAUGAGCAGGAAGGUGACCCAAUUCCAUACAACAUCAUCAAUAACUACUUCUCUAUUGGUGUGGAUGCCUCCAUUUGUCACAGAUUUCAUGCCAUGAGAGAAAAACAUCCAGAAAAAUUUAACAGCCGGAUGAAAAACAAGCUGUGGUACUUUGAGUUCAGCACAUCGGAGCAGUUUUUCUCUUCCACCUGCAAGAAUCUACAUGAGGACAUCGACAUUAUGUGUGAUGGCUGUUCACUGGAUCUGGCCAAUGGGCCAAGCCUGGAAGGUAUUGCCAUUCUAAACAUCCCCUCCAUCUACGGUGGCACAAACCUGUGGGGAGAUAACCCAAGUCAGAAGAAGAGACGGAAAGCUCAGAAAGCCAAGAAGGACAAGGACAGGGAAUUCUCCACCAGCAGCAUGUCUUCAGCAGAACUGGCUAUUGCAGUACAAAAUGUUGGUGACUCCAUGAUCGAGGUGGUGGGACUAGAAAACAUAUUCCACGUGGGUCAAGUCUAUGCUGGACUUAGGUCAUCUGGCAAACGGCUAGCUCAGUGUUCACAGGUUGUCAUCAGAACAAGGAAAAGAUUUCCCAUGCAGAUAGAUGGGGAACCUUGGAUGCAGCCUCCAUGUACAAUCUACAUCAGCCACCACAACCAGGUGCCCAUGCUCAUGGCUCCACCCUCUAGCAAAAAAUCGAAGCUGUUUAAAAUCUUCAAAAAAUAG